CUCGAUGUUUAUUGUUUCACAGCUUGUGCCUGCUAAUUAUUUUAAUUUUUAAUAAUAACAAAGGAUAAUUAAGUAUUUAUUAUCUGAAUGAAACUGAGGAUAUAAACUAAAAGUAAUUGUGUGUUGUGUGUAAAAAUGAAGCCACAAAACUGUUAUGAACAUAACCUAAACGUGCAGUGAAAAACAUUAUCAAAUGUGACGCGCAAAGAUUCGAUUGUUGAUAAGAUGAAGUUAAUAUUACUAGUGUUUUUAGCCGCAGACAUCUGGAACACGGUACUUGCCCAAAAUGAGAACUGUACGAGAACGAGCAGUCGCUGUGACUACAAACCGAACGUUAGUAAACUAUCAGACAAUUUGGCGAACAAAUUCAGUGAAAUUGUGGUCAAAGAGCUAGGAAGUGAAUACACAUCACACUUAGAGAUUAGAACUGCCUACAAAGUAAACCGCUACCACUCUUCCGACAGCAACACACUGACCAGCAUAGCAGAUAAGUUAAACUAUAAGCUCUCCUCCGCAAUCAACAUUUUAAUGGAUAUGAACAAUGCAAUAAAUAAAACAGAUACUCCGUCCUUUACGCAUCCUUGUCCAUUUAACUCUAUCCGUAAGUCUGUGUUUAUUAAAAGUUCUAGUGUAUUUGAUGAUAUUUCCUCUGUGAACAUGAGAUCUAAUAUGUUGGAUAGAUUCAAAGAUUUGAAAGUCAAGAGACAGUAUUUCCUAUCCCACAUGGACUAUGCAACAGACAGAGACUGUGCUACAAUGCCACACUCGAAUUUGAGAUACUUAUAUCACAAGAUAGUGCAUUCUGACCCUAAACUCGUCGUCUUUAUAAUUAACAACAACAUGAAACCCGAGUCUCUACAGCAUGCUACCAAUGUUGCAAAAGAAAUUGUGUAUUCCCUACAGAGCAUUGACUUGUUCGCAUUAAAGAUAACUAACAUGACAAGUUUUAUGAAAUUUGAGGAUACGUGCAGUAGUGAUUGCAUGGCAAACUUGGGCAAUGCCACUGACAAUAAUAAAAUGCUCUUCCGUGAAUAUCUAAGCUCUUUGGAAACAUCAUGUGUGAACAUUGCACCAGCUAUGAUUAAUGAAGAAAUUAUAAGUUUGCUAAAUGAGAAGCAUCUCCCUGUAUAUAAAUUAUUCAUUUUCUUAACAGAUACAAAAAUAUUUAGGGAUGAAAUGUGGUUUAAAAUAUUUCCUUUCAAUGAGUACGAUGAUGAAGCAGUCAAAUUCACCAUAGGACUAAUAAAUACAUAUGAGAACACUAAGAACAGUUCGUUGGAGAUUUUACAUUUUGAUAAACAGCAUAAUCAUUCUCAUGAACAUUCGGUUAUGAAGUUGCACAUCAAUAACAGUGGUGUUGUCGGACAAGUUGCCUCUGCAUUUAUUUCUCUUCUUCCCUACAAAUACGAAAAUAAACUGCAAGCCGAAGGCCCUGUGUGGGAAGCUACUGAGCGAGACUUCAUGAUCUCGCUGGUGUAUCCAAUAUCUACAGGAAUUAUAGGGUUAGAUCUCUACUGGUCUGACUUGGCUGAGGAUAUAAUUUAUUUUAAAGGCACAGACCAAAAAAAGCGAGCAUUUGUCAUGGAUUUUUCUGGUAAGGUACUAAUGCAUACAUAUUUUCCAAGGCCAGAGGCAGCACCUGAUAAGAUAAAAUUUACGAAUUUAGAUGCUGUAGAAGCCAAUAAUAAUAUAAGUGUUCUGAAGCAAAAAUUAUUUAGUACUGCCUCAGGUAAUUUCACAAUAGAAAAUCAAAAUACUUCGAAAAAAAUAGUUUAUUCUUGGGAGUGGGUGCAGAGCUUAUAUAUUGUGUGUGUUGUCUCAGAAGUUACUGACAGUUUAUUGAAUAAGACGAAUGUAUUUUUUACAAGAACAAGUAAGGAAAUAUUGUUGCAUAGGAUAGAUUUAUUUCCACCUAAAACUGGUAAAAUAUGUAGACAUUUUAAGCAAAUUGCCACUAUUGACCAAGGUACUGUGUACUUAAGUCCUUCCAGUUUUCAAUCCCCAUUUACAUAUCUAUAUGAUAUGGGGGAUGGGCAGGAGGCAGUUACUUAUAUGCAAAAUUACUUGGCCUAUUUAAGAAGCGUGGCUCAUGGCUUACUUUCUAAUCCCGGACUAAAAAAUGAAAUACAACAAGAUGUAGGAUUCUUAACUUCUAUUUUAUCUUUUUACAAACGGCAGCAUUUACAUGGUCCUCUUUCAAAAUAUAUAGUUAGAAGGUAUGCAGUCACAGAGAAUGGUGUCCUAGUCAUGUUUCCUGGUACAGUCUUAGAGUAUGAUUAUGAACCAGUGCGAAGGCCCUGGUACACAUAUGCUUUAGAAAAUCCUGGUAAAAUUAUAUUGACUCCCCCCAAUUUGGAUGUGGGAGGGGCAGGAUAUAUUGUAACAAUUUCAUAUGCAGUAAGAAGUCCUAUCUAUCCAUCAAUGGUUGUUGCUAUGGAUGUCACUAUGGGAUUUCUUUAUAAGCUUCUUAUUGAUAGUUCACCUCUUUGUGCCAUUUCUUAUGUCAAAUGUUUCAUUAUGAACAAUCGUGGCUAUUUAGUGUCUCACCCGGGGCUGAUGGAUCCGAACAGCUCUGGUCCUAUAGAACAACAACAUAUUACACAUAAAGAAUCAAUGAUAGCUAUUGAUAUGUUGAACCACAAAGGUUUUGUGACAAAAAGGUUGUGUAGCAAUUUUUAUGAUAAAACUAUUCAAAGAUUCUAUGAAUUUAAUACUUCUUUACCCAAUGUUCUAUCAAAUGUCGUAUCUGGUGACCAUUGUGUACACUACUACAUCGCUUCCAUUCCUGGUACGAAUGGAUUCAUAGGCCUUGUAAAUGCAUCAUGCAGUGUUGGUGCUUUUUGCCCUUGCAGUAUGGUUGAUCGUCUUUGUUUCAAUUGCAAUCGUAUGGAACAAACAGAAUGUGAAUGCCCCUGUGAGUGCAGUUCAGAAUCGUACGAAUGUCCAGAUGCCAACUCUUCCAGACUUGUUCAGAAGGUUCCUGUGUGUGGCAUGAUGCCUGAAAACAAUAAUCAUAAAUCCCACUACUUCCACAACUUUGCUGAAAAUUUAAAGUCCUGUUUUGAUUUCCAGUGUGAGACAUACCUUACACACUCGUCUUGUUUAGGCGUCUUGGGAUGCGAAUGGUGUCAGAUAGAUGCGGAUGGACGGACGCCUCUCGCGGCACCGUUUUGCACGUCACAGUCUACCUGUUUCAAUGGGGUGCUUGGUGCCGUCACUCCAUAUGGGGAGGGAACUUUCGGUCACGUGAAUAGGGAUGCUUUUGCCAGUUAUUCUGCAAUCGGUCCUAUAGCUGGAUGCAUAGUUACAGUAAGCCUAAUCAUAGCUGUUGCAGUAUAUUGCUACAGACAGAACACUUCAUCAGAUAGUUGCCACAAUUUGUAUGUCGAUGGACCGGCUGAAACGUGGCAUGAUGCUGAUGUGCAAAUGAGUCAUUUGCCCUCUGACGACAUGCCUGAUAUGUCCGGUCAGGAUAAGUUGUUGUCUGCCAUGGAAAUUGAAGCUCCUAUUUCGCCGUAUCGUGUAAUUACGGGGUACAGACGACCUCAUACCGCUGCUGGAUCGGACCAUGGGUAUUCGACAAUGACCCCCCAUGAGGACUCUGAAGCUACAGGUUUCUCAGUAAAUGAUCCUACUAUUUUAUCAGAUGACACUAAGUCAGACGCCAGUUUUCCUGCCCCUGCAAAAAUUAAACCAAGGCUCAAAGCGACAGAUCUUACAAUGACAGUAUUACCCUGCGGUAAAAAUAGUGUGAUAGCCCCAGUCACAGUGCAUAGGGAUAUGGAGGCUUCCUAAUUAUGUUUUACAAUAGUUAACUACCUCUUUUGUACAGAAAUAAAUUAUGUUUGUGAUAUAUAAUAGUUACUCACAUAACUUUUGAAUAGUUAUUUUAAGUUUGCAUUGAUUUAUGUUACAAAAUACUAUUUUAUAAGCUUUACUUAUAGUAUUUUUUACAUUUCGGUGCUUGACAAUAGACACAUUAUAUUAAGUGUGUCUAAAAUAAGUAAUAGUAUUUUAAGUAAAAUACAACUGACUUUUUUAAUCAAUUACUUAAGUAAUUUCCGAUGGUUACUUAGGCAUGUAAGUUUUACAUAGUAAAUGUUUACAAGAAAAUGAUCAACAUGAAUGACUACGUUUUUAAAUGUUGCCAAUUUAUUUUUUAAAUUAAUAAGUAUAAAUUUUAGUGAUUGAUAUUUUUAAUCAUUUUAUUUAUGUGACCUUAAAUAAAAUACAAUUUUAAAACUUAUACUUACUUAAAUAUUUUAAGUACCUAAGUAAGAUUUUAUUUGUAUGUUUUUUACAAGAUUUACUUAUAGUAAUAAAUGAAUACUAACAACUUCCUUUUAAACCCUAUAUUUAAGUGUUGUGUUAUAUGUAAAUGUGUACAAUUGGGAUUAUGACUGUGUCAAAAAUAAAUUAAUUCUUAGGAAUUAUUAAAUGGAGGGUCUUCCGAAAUUCGUAAAAUCCACAUCCACUGUUAGUUUUGAGUUUGCUAACCAUUUUUAACUAUCGAUUUUAGAUUUAACUAAUUGACAUCAAAUUAUGUCAAAUAUUUAUGACGUCACAUCUGUGAAUUCCAUACAAGCUCCCUUAUUAAGCAAGCGUUUGACGUUUGAUAAAAAGUCACUAAUUUGACUAGUAGUCAUCUUCCCUAUUGUACAUUAUGGCAGUUAUUAACAAGGUAAAAAAAUCAUCAGACAUCUGUGCUUUAUUUUAUGUCAAAGCUAUAGGUACCUAUCUAAUGUAUAUCAGUUUUUAUAUUUAAUCAUAAAAUAAUAACUAACAAGCAUAGUAUUUUCAGAAUAUAUAAUAUUUAUUGUCAAGCUUCAUAUACAUAUAUAAAGUAUAGAUACAGUAGAAUCUCACAAAUCCCACACUAUUAAAAACCAAAGGGUGCCAUAUUAUUGGAAUGUUUGGAUUACUGGAUUGUAUAGAAAAAUUCAUAAUAAAUGAAAUGAAGCAUUUCAUAAAGGGAACAACACUGUGUUUAUGUUCAUGUUCCACACGUUUUAUAUAACUCUAACAUAUCUCAUAAUUAAUUAAUUAAUUACAUUGUUU